AUGCCAACACCUCCUUCCGAAGAGUCCUCCGACGCGGAAAAGGCCCCGAUUCUGCGGCUCCCGCCUGAAAUCAUACACUCGAUCCUAUCCCAUGUCUCGGCAUUGGACCUCGCCCGUGUCUCGGCUACCUGUCGAUUUCUCGCGGAGCAUGCUGCCUACGAUUUUCUCUGGGCGGAUUUUAUCAACUCGUACUUGCCAACGAAAAUCCACGACCCGGGCCCUUUUGACUCGUACCGUAGUCUCUACAUUGCCCACCACCCGUGUUGGUUCAUCCCGCAGAAGCGGGUGUGGUUUUCGGAUACCGAACAUACGGGGAAUUUGAUUCUGGCCCGCUACGAUCAUCGACGGGGAGUCAUUGAGGCCUAUCGUGUCAUUGCAGAAAGACGCAGCCAUCAGUUUCAGAUGUGGGACUGGAAUCCGGAUGUCAUUGUCCAAACCUUCUAUCCCAAGGCCAGUCUCUGGCUGGACGACCCUGUCCUUCUUCUGAGAAAUCCACGGGGGCAGCGGCAUUAUCUGAAUGGCGAAACGCGCAUGCCCAUGGCUCUUGAGACGCAGCAUGUUUUCAACGCCUUCUCGCUAUGCUCCGCGGAGAACCCGUCUGACGCGGAUCCCAACAAUCUGUGGCCACCACCUACCAUCCCGAGUGACCACCACGUCUACCGAGAUGUAGAACCUCAUUUGGCAAAUGGAACCUGGCGCCCUCCGAAUCUGGACACGAUGUCCGAACACGCGUUCCGGAUCAGAAGAUGGGCCCAUUUCCGUCUUGGUAUGCCCAUCUUCACGGCAGGCCGGAGUGAAACUUUGUCAACCUACUCAACCCUUGAUCCCAGCCUAUAUACUCCUACACGGGAGAAACCCUACCAGGGGAUCUGGGUUGGGGACUAUUCUGCACAUGGCUGCGAGUUUUUGCUCUUUUUGCAGCGUGACAUAGAGGGCGGCCAUCUUGAAGAACCGCCAUCUGACGAUGAUGAAAUUAUUCAUCGAGGUAGUUUCGAGGCGGUCAAGCUGACAGGGGACCCGAACGUCCCGCGGGGUGAGAUAUCCUUCGCUUCAAACGACAUCGGCCCUGCCGGUUUUGUUCGCACUGCAAACGAAUCCCUCUUCCAAGGAGCUAGGAUCGUGAGGAGCCGAGGCCAUGUGGCUGGUCUCGGAUUUAGGGACGAUUCCUUCAUUGAUUCUCAACUUAUCCUUAUAUCACCCGAUUGUAUAGCCCACUACUGGGAGACCAUGGGGCACAUCUCUUAUUACCGUCGUCUUGACAUCGACGAACUGCUAAAGAUAUGA